GAGGGAACGCUCUUCGCCUUUCCUCCGGUUCCUAACGUAGUGACUGGGGUUCUUCGUUCUCAGACUUGCCCUCAGCUCUUCCAGCCUCGCUCUGAGGAAGGAGCGGAGACGGCGCCUGGGGUCUGCAGGUCCGGUGCGGAGUGGGCUGCGCCGGCUUCUGCUGUGAAGGUUCUGCCGAGGUUGUGGGCAGCUCGGCGCGGCUCUAGGGCUCGUGCGGCGGGGAAGCGACGGGAUGGCUGCGCCUGGCGGCGGCGGGGCGGCGGCUGGUCGAGCCUACUCGUUCAAGGUGGUGCUGCUGGGGGAAGGCUGCGUGGGGAAGACGUCGCUGGUGUUGCGGUACUGCGAGAACAAGUUCAACGACAAGCACAUCACCACUCUGCAGGCAUCUUUCUUAACAAAGAAGUUAAAUAUUGGUGGGAAAAGAGUAAACCUUGCCAUAUGGGAUACAGCAGGUCAAGAGAGAUUUCAUGCGUUGGGUCCAAUUUACUACAGAGAUUCAAAUGGAGCUAUUUUAGUUUAUGACAUAACAGAUGAAGAUUCUUUUCAGAAGGUAAAAAACUGGGUCAAAGAAUUACGGAAAAUGUUGGGAAAUGAAAUCUGUUUAUGUAUAGUUGGUAAUAAAAUAGACUUGGAAAAGGAGAGACACGUUUCCAUUCAAGAAGCAGAAUCGUAUGCAGAAUCUGUGGGAGCAAAACAUUAUCAUACUUCAGCCAAACAGAACAAAGGAAUUGAAGAACUCUUUCUUGACCUUUGUAAAAGGAUGAUAGAAACAGCACAAGUGGAUGAGAGAGCAAAAGGCAAUGGCUCCAGUCAACCAGGGGCUGCAAGGCGAGGUGUACAGAUUAUCGACGAUGAACCUCAAGCUCAGAGUGGUGGCGGAGGGUGCUGUUCUUCUGGAUAACUGUUCACACAUAAGAAAUUAAAACACACACACACACACGCACAAACUGUGGAUCAUUGCCCUCGACAUGAAGACUGCCAUAUUCCAAGUCACGUUAUUUUACCAAUGGAGUUAUAGAAUUAACAGUAUUUUAAAUUACGUUUAUAACACUGCAGAGACCUUAAGUGCUAAGCCUAGUGGAAUUUGUGACCAGAGAAUUGGCAUUUUCUACAAAUGUUAACAAAGCAAUUACCAAUGGCCUUUUUACAUAUUUUUUUCUUUAAUGAGAAAUAAUAUGCAUGUAGAAAAGACCUACUUAAAGGCUUCAUUUAUAUUCUUUUAAAUCAAAUUUUUAUUUAAUAACUUAUAUAUGUUGUUGGAAUGAUACACAUUUUUGCAGCCCUUUGUAUUUUGUGGUAGUUUUAAUUGUAUCACUUCUGAACAGCAAACUGUUUUUGUGUUUGUUUUUUUAAUUAGCAGAUACCUGAAGUACUAUUUUUGCAGGGUUUGCACAGGCCCCUAACUGUCUACUACUUUGAUAUAAUCUAUAUACAUCCUUUAUGCUGAGCUAGUAAAAUACAUUGUAAAUUACAUAUUAAAUAUUUUAUCUGCUUUUACAAGCGCAAGGUGCAAAAAUAUAUAUGCUAGUCUCAUUGAUGACUGUAAAGUGAAUUAACAUAUGGUGAUAAUGCCUAAGCUUUUUGACUCUGAUACAAAGAUCAUAGCUCCCCUUCACUUUUGUCUUAACUUGAAAGUGGGCGUGUUUAAAUUUUUACUUGAACUGCUGCUGUUGUCACAUUUUUUUGCCUUUGUAAGUCCAUCUGAUGACUGAACAGCAGUAUUUGCCUUUUGGUUUGUGUUUUUUAUUUUGUUUUUUUUUUUGUAAGAGGUGAUGUCUGCCAAUUUUGCUUUAGAAUGGUUAUUUUAGAAGUAUUUGAGUGAAGCAUGCUGAGUUUCACAUUUGCAAUGGCUUUAGUUUUCUCUUAGGCUUUAUAUGAAAUGGGUUCACUGGUGUGAGAAGAGAGGAAGAGUUCCCACAUAGUAGCCACUCACUAACACUCAUUCAUACAGCAUGCUAGCGGUAGUGUAUGCUCCUGAGGCAGCACUUUUAGAUCCUUUUGUGAGCAAGUUGUAUUUUUUCAUUGCUUGCCAGAGACGAACACAGAAAGUUUUGUUUCAUUUUAUAAGAGCUAUCCUUCUGUGUUUCUGUGAAGGGAAACAUUUCAUGUAAUGCAGUUAUAGCAAACACUGGAAAGAUUUAUUAUAAAAUUACAUUCUUGUAUACUUUGUAAAUUAGCCCCUCAUUGGUUUUUUUUUCAAGCAUAGGACUGAACUGAAAUUUGUUAAUUUUAAUAGAAUCAGGCAUUGCUCACAGAAGGAACACAGAUUGUGAAAAUUAAUAUAAAUUGUUCUAAUACAUAUAUUUUUCCAUUCUGUCAUGCUUGGAAAACUAGUAAAUACUAUAUCUAAGAUAAAGUGGAAUGGCCCCUGGAUUUACUUCUUAUAAGAAGCAGUAGUAUGCAACAAAGCUGUUAGCAUGAGCAAUUAAGAGGAUAUAAGGAGGUUAAAGUUAAUGAAAAAGUACUAUCAUGCUUUUAAACAAUAGCUUGAACAUUCUCAAAUAGGUUAAAAUUUGAAUGAAUUGACACCCUGAUGCUAUAUUAGAAUUUUGACUUAAAAAUAGUAAGUGUUCUGUGAGCCCUCAUUUUACCGUCUUUAUUUUCUUUGCCGAACAACACACUGAUUGUUCUGUGUGUUUGGCGAAGGUGGGUGUACAAAGAGUCAGGAGAUAAGUUAAAAUUGUCUUUUAUGGGAUGACUGUACAGUCAUGCGUUGCUUAACGUCUACAAUAUGUUCUGUGAAUUAGGAUGUUAUGCAGUUUGGACGCUGUGCGAACACCACAUUGUAUACAGGUAGUCCCCGGGUUAUGCUCCCAGCCCGCCCACUGUUUCACCACCCUUAGAAGCAGGAGCAGCCCAGGCCCCGCAGCCCUCUCUGCUGGCUACCCCCCAGGUGUAUUCACUGGAUACUGGUGGCCAGCCUUGCAGUGUGUGCAGUUGCUGGCCAGAUUUUGUGCACCUCUGGGUGCAGGGCAGUGACUGAGUGGUGAGUGGGUGUGUGGGUGCUGGGAGUGCAGCUGACAGUGGCACACCCUGGCUGCCACUGCCCUGUUGAUGCAGCCGCAUCCUGACGAUGUGCAGCCACCUGGAGCUGGGAGCCCACAAGCCCCUGGGCCCAGCUGGCACCCACGCCAGCUGUGCAGGGAGUGAACAGCUACAUGGCUGCUGGGUGGGUGAAUGAAGCUAGGGGGAGGAAGAGACACUGCAGGGAUUGGGAUGCGCCCUGGAGCCCCACUGGUCUUUCACUCCGGGGGUUUGGGCUCAGGAAAGGUGCUUUCUCUUUAAAAAAAGAAAACCUUAUGGGACCACGGACAUAACAUGUGCUUGGAUGUUGCCCGAAUGGACGUUAUGCAGCGCAUGACUGUAGUCUCUUGGUUCUCUGUGAAGCUAGUGUUUAUGGGGAGGGGGUGGAGGGUUGGGGAGGCAGUGGGAAUCAUGAGUAUAGACACAGGAAACUUUGGUUUUGCCCCCCCACCCCCAAUCCUGGCUCUUUAUGAGGGAGUAAAGAAAGCUUUGCCAUUCUUAACUGCUGUAGAUGCAGAUGGUAAAUAAGUUCUCCAUUGGAAUUAAAUAUGGUGUCUAAAACUAGUUAGAGAUGACACUGAGCUUUAUUCCAAAAAAUAAAAUCAUAAAGCCUGAUAAUUAGUGAGCUGCAGACUUGAUUUUUGAUCCUGUGUUAAUGGUUUAAAGUACAGAUAGGAACCUCUGCUUCAGUUUCCUGAUAAUUAUAGGUAGAAUACAACCACUUUUCAUAUAUAUAUAUAUAUUUUUUUAACUCUGCCUCGGUUUCUGUGUAUCUUUCGUUAACCUCAAGUAUUUCAUUCUUUUUUUACCUGUAAUUUAGGCCAAUUCAGUAGCAUCAGUAGAUAAUAUGGUAUACCUGUCAUUGCCCUGAUGCCCAAAAGGUCUUUAACCAGGAAUAGAGUGAAAGGAUAAUGUAAGAGGAACCAAUCAACUGCAGUGUAUAUGCAAAGGAAAAUAAAAAGACAAUAAACCAAGGCUGAAGAAAUUUUUCUGAUGCUUUCUUCACCAAUCUAGUAUAUAUCUUUUGUGUUUCUAUCCUUAUAAUUGUGCUGUUAGGAAGAAUACACAAGUUAUCAUGUUUUGUAGUAAAAGUAGUAGGUAGAUAGAGCCAGUAUUUUUUUCAACUGUUAAGUGUAACAUAUAUAAUUAAAAAUUGGUUUAAAUAGUCAUUAAAAAAUACCUGAAUAUUAUUAUGUUAAAAGUACACAGUCAUUGUUUCUGUAUCAAUGAUGGAUAUUCUGCUUGUUUUGCUUUGUGAUUAUAUGGGAAGAUUAUUUUUAAAAAUGUAUAUUACAAUAAUUUUUGAGUAAGCAGUAAUCUUAAAAAAGCAUAUUAUUAUAUGAAAUAUGAGUGUUUGAAUUUGUUUUAUUCUGGGGUAUCUCCUGAGAAUACCCUAAAGCCAUGACUGUUAUAGCUAAAUGGAAAUCUUUUGUUUAAUAUUAGCUUCUUAUUAUUAGUGGAGUACUUUUAAUUUGGCAUUAAAAUAGAAAGGAUAUUUAAUUUUUAGAUUUGCAGGGAGAAAAGAUGAAAUUGGG